AUGUGGGAUAAAAUAUUGAAUCAAAUAUAUCGUGUAAAUAAAUUAUUACAAAGCUCAAAUAUUUCAAUAGAUCAGGCUUCAAAAAUGAUAAAUUGUUUAAAUGUUUCUCUCCAAGAAAUGCGUGAUAGUGGAAAUGAACAAAUUAAAACUGAAGCUAUUAGUAUUUGUGAUAAAGUUGGAAUAAAAUCUGAAUUAAAAAUCAAAAGGACAAUAAAAAGGAAAGUUAUGAGUGGAGAAAAUUCAUCGGGUGAAGAUAUUUCUGCAGAUCAAUUUUUAACAUUGGAAUACUACAAAGUUCUUGAUAAUAUGAUGGCUCAAAUGAAAUGGAGGUUUGAACAAUUAUCAAAUAUUGCUGUUGAUUUUCAAUUCCUUUCUGCUCAUUCACUAUCUGUUACACCAGUUGAAUAA